GGAGGGAAAGAGUCUCCGUUUCAAUGGAAUAAAAACUGCGCAGUUUCUUGAAGGACUGCCCGCUCGGAUCAGCGGUGGACCGUUCCUCUCUGUGUGAAAUGGAUCUCAGUUGUGUUUUUGGAUGAUUAAGGUGUCCACUGCAACCAAUGCUGCCUUUCAGGCUUCUGAGGAGAAGCUGCUUUUUUUACCAGGUGGUCUUCAGGGGGAGGAAGAGCAGCUAAAAGAGCUGUGCAAUCGUUUAGAAUGACUGUGCAGAGAUGCAAAGAUCAGUGAUGAGUCUAUCAGUCAUGUUGUGGCCAGCGGGUGAACAGCCUGCCGUGGAUGUAUGUGCGUGUACAGCGCUCAUGGAUGUUGAAUGGUGGGGUUUUUUUUGGGAGAGAGAUUUUAGGGGGCUGCGUCAUCCGUGGCUGCGAGAGGAGAUGGACUCUCCUGCACAUUCACCACACUGUUUAAACAGCGACAGGGAUCACGGCGCCUCCCCAACAUAUUUGGCAUUCUGCAGGAAAAGAGAAGAGUUGAGGAGUAUGGCCAUGCACUACCAUGCUGUGUUUGAACCACCGUGACUUUUGUGUCAGUCUGGGUGACCUACACUAGGCUAGAAUGAACAAAAUAAAAUGAAAGUUGCAGAUGUAGCCUUUGAAGAUGGACUGCACCAUCUGCUGAUGGAAAAUCCUUUCAUCUAGAGGAACCAUCUGCAUUUGGCCGCGACUCUGGGAGCACCCUUCUGCUCAGUUACAGACAACUCUUGGCCCACCCAGUCCAUGCACAUUGCGAGUGGACAGUAGUGGCAGGAGGUGGGAGGUGUCAUGGUGGCCUGCUGAAAAAAAAACGGCCCACAUUGUCUAUGAUCACCCCAGGGUUGAAGAGACCCCAGAGGGAUGAUUGGCAGCCCGAGCUGAGACUCAAUACUACUGAGAAUCAAUAACUUGGUGCUACUCUAAAAGCCAAUAGGCUUUUGGAUUCUUGGUGCUGAAAACAGAAGAGUCAGACAGUACCAGUACUCUUAGUGUUGGAGUGAGGCCCUCUCUGUGCUGCAGUGGAGGGCUUCACACACAUAGCUAUUCUGGCUGAAUGCAUCACGCAGUAGAGCAGUUCGGCGGGCGUGGCACACGGGAUUCCUUCCCUCUGGACGGACUCAACCGGGGACCAUGGGCUCCUGUGGGCGGCCGCGCCUGGCAGCCACCUCCCAGAUGUCCACCUGGGAUGAACCAACACCAGUUCCUCCCCCAUCUACCUCCUGGUCCUAUGGGAGGACUCAACCACCCCAGUAAAUACUUUAAUAAUGGGCCCAUGAGAGGAGGUGAGAAGCUUGAACUCCCACAGCCAGUGUUGCCAGGCCUGCAAAGGGAGCAGCAGAGACCUCCUCAUCUUCAUCAUCCACCUCCUCACAGAGCAUGGGAACAAUUAGGUCAGCUGUAUGAAUCCCACCUCCCUCCUCAAGGACAUCCAGGUGUGCCCAUGCCCAAUGAGCACUCUCUUCGUCUCCAUAAUGGAAGCUAUGCUGGCAGUGGUGGACCUCCCCCCAACUCACAUGUUCCUCACACACGGCCCAGUCAACUGCUGAAGUUUGGGGGUCCUCAGGAGCAGCAUGUUCCCCGGGGUGCACAAUUGCUGGGAGAUGAGAUGUGGGCUCAGGUGCACCAGCAGAAAGGUUAUCCAGGGAAGAUGCUAGGGGGUCAGCUGAAGAGACCAGGACCUCCGCUGGGAGAGCACUCAGUUAUCCAGCACACUCCUCCUCCAUCCCUGCAUCCGUCAUCCCAUCUUCCUGCUGCAGAGGACUGUCCCAGCCCCAACAAGAAGAAAAAGAGUUCAGAUCAGGUAUCCCAUCCUGGGCUACAGCGUUUCCCUGGUCGUGGCCAACCCAUGUCUCAGCAGCAGCCAUCACUCCACCAUCCCCCCCCAAAACCUUUCUGGAACCCUCUUCACAAGGACAACCCUCCCUGGCAGCCUCACGCCUCUGACUGCAACCCGUCACAGGAGUUCCAGGUCCGAACUGAAACCAACAAACAAAGAAUGGGCAGCUACACCCAAAAGUCCUCUCCUGCCUCUUCCACCUCUUCAAACCUCUCCCCUACACCAAACUCUUCUCCAAGAAGCUACAACCAGGGAUGUGCUCCUCAGCCCCAGAAAGACACAUUCCAGUCUCAGGCUGUAAACCAUCGGUCCCCUAACUCUACCUACCCUAGCCCCUGCUCCAAACUGGGACUGGCUCCACCCUGCCAGUCCACCGAACCUUGUGGUUCUCACAACCAGAGAGGCCCUCCCAUUGGGGGCCAUGGUGGCAGCCAAGCUACCUCUUACUCAGCAUCUACCCUAACCAGGGGGGACAGAGAUCCACAUGGGCAAUCUUCACCAGCAAACCCCCCUGCAACCAGCAAGAGCAGCAGCAGUGUGCCUUACAGCCACUUCCAGCCUCAUCCAGGGCUGGGGCACCAGGGUCCCCCUCUUCCUCCUCCCCCUCCUCCUGCUCCUCUUGCCAGCAACACCUCAGUAUCUCAGCAACAGCAAAGUCGGCCACAUGAGGCCUGGAGAUACCAGAGCAGGCCCAGUAGUCACUCCCUGGAGUCGCGCAUCUUCAGGCCUCCAGGACUACUACCUCAGCACCAGCAGAGCCACAAUCAGGUCAUAGAUAGUCGGGUUCCUUCCCAGCAUCACCAUCACAUCAAUCUUUCCCUGCCCCCAACCAACUCUACCCGAGCACCUGUUAUUACCCCUAAUGUUCCUUUAUCCCAGACCUCCAACUCUGUUAGUGGCUUCAGCAGCUCAAUAGGGGUCACAGUAAACACAUCUCCCUCUACUGGCUGCUCGGUGAACAAUGGCAACAGUAACAGCAGUUGGCAAACAGAACGAGAGCCAAGACCUAAAACCUCCAUCAAUCCUGUCAUCAGCGCCACCUCUCAGCUGGAUGCUGUACAGCAACCGGGUUGUCAAAGAAGAGGACAAGCUCCCACUGCCACCCAGCAUCAGCAACAGGGGCUGCCUAGACUACAACAACAGGGACAGGCCAAGUCCCAACCCAUGAAAGAGAUGACGUCAUAUUAUCCUCAGGCUGAAGUGGCGCAUCAUCCUGCCUUUUCCUCACCUUCUUUGUUCUCCUCAGGGCAUCAGAGAGCAGGGGACAGUGUGAUAACAAGCAGAGGUUCAAAUCUACUUCCUCACUCUCCUUCUACGUACUGCCCAGCUCCUCACUCAGCAGUCAACUCUGUGAAUCAGCCUUCCAGUCAAAUCGUCUCCUCCAGAUUGGGUCGUCACCAGGAUUCUGUCUCAACACAGUUCCAGAUUAAUCCACCAGCUUCAACCACUGUACCCCAAUCCAUCGGGGAGGCUCUAGACAAGCUUGAUGCUGAGCUAGAGGGUCACAUGCAAGCUGAGGAAAGGAGGAGGAGGGACAGAGAGGAGCAGGAGCAAAGACUGAGAGAAGAGGAGAGAAGGAAGAAAGAAUGGGAGAUGAGACAAAAGCAAGAAGAGGAGAGGAAGAGGAAAGAGCUGAAAAAGGAGGAGGAAAGAAAAAAGAGAGAACUGGAGAGACAGGAAGAGGAGAGGAGAAGGAGAAAUUGGGAGAGGCAGGAGCAAGAGAGAAAGAGGAGGCAAGAAGAGGAGAGGAAAAGAAGAGAGUUGGAGCGGCAGGAGGAGAGGAAAAAGAGAGAAUUUGAGAGACAGGAAGAGGAGAGGAAAAAGCGAGAAUGGGAGAAGAAGGAGCUGGAAAGGAAGAGGAGAGAACAAGAGCGGCGAGAAGCAGAGAGGGAGGGGCAGGAGAGAAAGAAGAGAGAGCUGGAGAGGCAGGAGGAAGAAAAGAAAAAACAAAGAGAACUUGAGAAGCAAAAGGAGGAUAGAAAGAGGAUGGAGGUAGAAGCAUGCUGUGCAAAAGGCAAAGAGCAGACUGCUAUUGAAAAUCUGGAGAGACUGCUUGCUAGCAACUCCUCCCUAACUCCACCACCUCCCCGCCUUUCCUCUGUUGCUGCACCUGCUUCAGGUCCAUCACCUCCCAAUUCCCAAGUCUCACCCACAUAUCCCUGGCUAAGUCGUGGUGGUGUCCUGCCCUGUCCACCAGGUCAGACACUCACAACUACUACUCCGGCAGAGAGGCUGCAGCCUCCUCCUCUCACACCUCAGACUGAAUAUGCCAGAGAAAAGCAGAGGCAGAGGGAGAUGUGGAGCAACAAUGGCGGAAUGACAUUCAGUCUCCCAUCAACACACAAUACCUCAGGGAUGAACAAGCCGGUAUACCCCAACAAGCCCCCGGCAAUGCAAGCCGCACCCACCCAAUCCAAAGACACAUCAAGAGAGAGAGAAAGCAGCCAUCCCUCUCUCCCUAUCAUGGCACUUCGAGAGCCCCCCAAACUGUAUCAGGCUUUUCCCAGAGAAAACCAUCCACCAACACUCUCAUCCUCCAGCUCCACUGGAGGAAUUCUUAACAAGCAUGUGACAGGAAGUGGUAGUGACUCAGACAGUGCACAGUUUGAGGAGGAACCCUCUGAGAUGUCCACACUGCUCCCUGAUGGUCUUGCAAACAUUAUGGCUAUGCUGGACGAGUCUAUCAAAAAGGAAGAGGAGAUGUAUGACAGUGAGAAGAUUGGCUCUACAGGUCUCUUUAACAGCUUUUCCUCUCAUGUCCAGCCCAUCAAGAGCUACCUGUGUGCUCCAGACCUGGUUCCUGCAACAAAGCAUCAACACAACCAGGAAGAUUUUGGCUCCAACCUUCAUGCAAGCCCUCCUGUGCUCAGCCGCCAAGGCUCUCUUGCAUCUCCUUGCAGUCGGACAUCUUCCCUCAAUGAGGAGGAUGAGGAAUACCUCAAACCCCCUUCAGUUGUUGCUAAACAGUCAGUAGGAAUGGGAGUGGGAAACACCAAUUACCGUCACAGUGACCUUGCUAAACUUUACGGCCUCCCUGAGCAGACUAAAAGUGAGGCUGAUGAAGAUGAGGAGGAGGAAGAUUCUGAGACCCCAUCUUGUUCUCCACCACCCCAAAGACCCCACCUUCACCAAACGGGUGUAAACAGCAUGUUUAAGUCUCUAGCAACAGUGGUAGAAAGCCAGAAGUAUGCAUACAGAGGUGGACCCUUUGGCAGACCCCCUCCAUCAGCGCUGGUUGGGGUCAAAUAUUCAUCUUCACUGUCUCUAGGUCCUGAUAUUUGCCGUCAGCAGCAAAGUGGUUCUCCCACAUCGGAUUCGACAAAUCCACCAUUUAGUCCUGCUGUCCCUGCUCUUAAGUCCUCUCCUCCUCUGAUGGAAGACACAAAACUGAAAACAGAGGAUGCUGACAUCUGGAGAGAUAAUGGAGAAAGAACAGAAGAAAUUAUAAACUCUAUAAAGAAGGAGAGCAUUCCUCCCAUUAAGCCUAUUAAGGUGGUUAAGAAUGAGCAACAGCUGAUGACCAUCUCUGAGUCUUCUCUAGCAGAGCUGGGGAAGAGCUGUGAGAUCAUGCUCAGUCAACAGUCACUUCCUAACAAGAAGGCAGAUGGCAGAGAGGAGGAGAGCCACAAACCUGAGAAAGUAAAAGAACAUAGAGAUAAAGACAGAAACAGGGACAGAGAGAGGGAGAAAGAGAAGAAGAAGCAUGGCCACAGCAGUAGCAGAAAACGUGAAGAAAGAAAAGAAAAGAAGUAUAGAGAAAGGAGAGAGGAGAUGGAUUUUUCUACAGCGUCUUCAUCAUCAUCUUCCACCCAUUCUAGCUCCAGCCACAAACGCCACAAAGAUGGCAAGAGCCACAAGGAGAAGAAGGACCGCAGAAUUCUUGGGGACCUCAACCUCCAGAGUAAAGAGGGGUCAGAGAAAAACAGGAGUCACCAUGACACAGACAAAAAGAAACGCAAGGAAGCAUCAGGUGCCAGCUCUACCAGUGAAGGAGAGCAUGCUGAAUGGACCUCAAGGAGUCCUGGAGAAAGAUCUUCUGAGCACAAAAAAAGCUCUGAGGCUGGUUCUUCAUUAGGUUCCACAGACUUGUUGAAACUGAAGGCUCUGUCUGAUGGGCCACCCAAAGAGCUAAAGAUCCGCCUUAUCAAAGUGGAGAGUGGGGACAGGGAGACAUUCAUAGCCUCUGAGGUGGAGGAAAAGAGAAUCCCAUUGGGAGAAAUCAGCAUCAAGAAUACAGCCAGUGAAAUCAUCAAGUCCUGCAAGGCAGCCAGGAUCAAAGGGAAGUUCAAAGAAUCUUACUUGCUCCCAGCCUUCUCUGUAAAGCCUAUCAUGACCAUGGAGGAGCCCAUACCAAGAGAGAAACUCAACCCUCCUACGCCCAGUAUCUAUUUGGAGAGCAAGAGAGACGCCUUCUCCCCUGUGCUGCUGCAGUUCUGUACUGACUCUAAAAAUCCUGUGACUGUCAUCAGAGGCCUCGCUGGAUCCCUACGACUUAACCUGGGGCUGUUUUCUACUAAGUCACUGGUGGAGGCCAAUGCAGAGCAGGCAGUGGAGGUGAGGACUCAGGUGCAGCAGCCUGCUGAUGAAAAUUGGGACCCCAGUGGGACAGGUCAGACAUGGCCCUGUGAGAGCAGCCGCUCCCACACCACCAUCGCCAAAUAUGCCCAGUACCAGGCCUCCAGCUUCCAAGAGAGUCUGCAGGAGGAGAAAGGCAGUGAUGAGGAGGAGGAGGAGGAGGAUGACAAGGAGAAGAAGCCACCCAACGGUUCUGAAACUCCCAUUAAGGAGAACUCUAAAGAAAGUAGCAGUGGUGAGCAGAAACCUGUCGGGAAGAUCAUUAAGUUUGGCACCAACAUUGACCUGUCGGAUCCCAAAAGGUGGAAGUCUCAGCUUCAGGAGUUACAGAAGCUGCCAGCUUUCAUGAGAGUGGCAUCCAGUGGAAACAUGCUGAGUCAUGUAGGACACACAAUCCUCGGUAUGAACACUGUCCAGCUCUACAUGAAGGUUCCAGGGAGCCGCACACCAGGUCACCAGGAGAAUAAUAACUUUUGCUCAGUGAACAUCAACAUUGGUCCUGGAGACUGUGAGUGGUUCUCUGUCCAUGAGAACUACUGGGAGGCCAUCAAUGACUUCUGUGAAAAGCAUGGUGUGGACUACCUGACAGGGUCCUGGUGGCCGGUACUGGAGGACCUUUACAAGGCCAACAUCCCAGUGUACCGCUUCAUCCAGCGGCCUGGAGACUUGGUGUGGAUCAAUGCUGGAACUGUUCACUGGGUUCAGGCUGUAGGCUGGUGCAAUAACAUUGCCUGGAAUGUUGGACCUCUGAACGGUUACCAGUACCAGGUGGCCCUGGAACGCUUUGAGUGGAAUGAAGUGAAGAAGGUGAAGUCCAUCGUCCCCAUGAUUCAUGUGUCCUGGAAUCUGGCACGCACUGUCAAGGUCACAGACCAAGAAACAUACAAGAUGCUCAAACACUGCCUGCUGCAGUCCAUGAAGCACAUCCAGAUCCUCAGAGACCAACUGGUUGCUGAAGGCAAGAAGAUUUCAUACCAGAGUCGGGUCAAGGACGAGCCUGCCUACUACUGCAAUGAAUGUGAUGUGGAGGUGUUCAAUUUGUUGUUUGUGACGAGCGAGAGCAGCAGCAGGAAAACAUAUGUGGUUCACUGUGAAGACUGUGCACGUCAGCGUAGCCCCAACCUGACCAACGUCGUGGUGCUGGAGCAGUGCCGCACAGAAGAACUCAUGAGUGCAUACGACUCCUUCAGCCAGGCCUCCUCCUCCCGGUGAUGGAGCUCCCCUCCUGCAUCUUCUCAGCCAUAACCAAAAUUCCUGCAAGACGGGACAAAAAAAGAGACAGUCUUCAACUUAACCAUUCAUUAUUUAAGAUCCUUUUUGCUACUACUGCUAAUACUUGCUGAACAGCCAGUUGAAUACGUUUACUCAUCCUUACUGUUUACAAAAAGGAAAUACCAAGCCGCCAAUACAAUACCAGUUUACUCUCAGAUGGUGCUUUCAAAUUGAAACCCUGGCAGCGACAGUGAUGUUGGGAACCAGGGGGCAGUUGGUGCUGCCAUUGAACAAAAUGUGGCUCGGUGAUGAUUUCAAUGGCGUGUUUCUGUCAGUACCAGAAAGAACUUUGUUGUUGUUGUUGUCUUGAUUACUGAAAUUUGUACAAGCUGUUUGCAAUUUUUGUGGGGUGCUGUCCUUUUUUAAGUAAUUUAUUUUAUUCUUUUUCUAAACUAGAUCAGCCUAGAUAUAUACCACAUUGGCCUUGUAUUUAGAAAAGAGACAAAAUAAAAAAUACUAAUAAUAGAGAUAUGAACAUUUUUCUAAAGCAUUAAGAAUUUAAAAAAAAAAAAUUGUUUGGAAUGCUUCAAAACAUACGGGUUUUAAUGACUUUUGUUGUUUUGGGGGGAAUUGAGUUUUGUUCUUGUAAAUUUUGUAUUGUUUUUUAUCAAUUAUACUUUUAUUUCCUUUGGAGAUUAAUUUUCAAGUGUCACACAUCAUCAGGUCUUUUAGUUCAUUUCUUCAAUCUCUGUAUGAACUCUUGCUCUUUAAAAAAAACUACGAAAAGAUCAUCUGGUGUUAAUGUGUCGUACCUCCGAUUGUUCUGUUCUGAUAUGCAGAUUUUAUUUUUUUUUUACUUUUUGGCAUUGUACAUUUAAUUUAAAAAAAAAGUUUUCUCUAUUUAUUGGAUAUCAAUGUUCUCCUUUUUUUAAAUAGGGUUGUACAAGUUUGCGAUAUUUUCCUUUUUAUGGUGACUGAUUGCUCUGCAAGAACUGAAGUGUGGGGGUUGUGUGUCAGCUGAAGUGGAGGCUGCUGUUUGUCUGGUGCUUGCCUUUCACAACUCUUGUCUUUUUAUCCUGAUAUAUAUUAAAUGAUAUCUUUAUCUUGAAUAUAACGCCACCUUUCCUGUAGACGAUAGGCACACUGCUCACGUAGAGAAGAUGACUAAUGGAAUGCUGUGUUUGUAUUCUUAUUAAGGAAAAACAAAACUACUUUUCCAAAGUGUUUUGAGAAAUGGUGAAUUUUUUUUUUAAUUAUUAUGAUGUAGGGGGCUUUUUAACAAGAUUUUAAUGAUUUUAUGGUGUCUGUUAAAUAUGAUGACGGGAUAGAUGGUGCUAAAUGUUCUCUUUGAACAACCUUUUUUGUUUUUCUUAAAAUGAGAAUUCUAUUUUUCCUGUUGCAAUAUUACCUUAACCCUUUCCUUCUUUUUGUGGUCAUUUAUUUAUAACUGCACUGUUUAGAGGAUUCACACAUACUUGCAGACACACACACCAAACUGAGCCAGACAUGUCUUAAACACUUGUGAAUUUGUGUGACAUUACUAUGACUAUUAAUAAACGCUUUUUGAUAAAUCCAGAA